CUGAAUUUGAUACUUCACACUCCAACGCUUCAGCUUCAUCAAAUAUCAGUCAGGACAACCGGAUGGUCGAUCUGAUGGUCGACCGGACCGGUCAACCGGGUAGAGGAAAAUUUUUUUUUUCUAAAAAACCUUUCUGAACCAACAACUGAACUGUUUGAACCGACCAAGUGAACUGACGGAUGUGAACCGGGAGGGGGCGACCGGUUGGUUGACCGGCCGGUCGACCGGUCAUCUGUAAUUUUUUUUUUUUUUCUUUUUUGAUUUCCCUCCGUUUCUGUUCCUAAUUAUUUUGCUAUUUCUUUUUCCCUCCAUUGGUUUACCAAAAUCUCAUAUAAACACAUUAUUAUUUAUAUGCCAGACAAGGAUCAUAUCUUACACAACUACACAACAAUCAUAUCUUAAACAAAAACAGAGGGUAAUGGAUACUUUGAAAUCCAUAAUAUUUACUUCAUUUUCAUCCUCUUCUUCUUCCUCCUCCUCUGAUGAGGAGUCUGAUGAUGAAUAUAUGAUUACACUUUUAGCAGCUUAUGAGCAGAAUACCAGUAGUAUGGUUCAGAUUCUUAAGUCAAGUGAUAGCUCAAAGAAAAUCGGGGGUUCUAUUGUAGGUCACAAGUAUAUACGCAGAGAUAGAAGGCAAGGUCAUGACAGAUUGUUUGCAGAUUAUUUUGCUGUAAAUCCAGUGUAUUCACCUACAAUAUUUCGGAGACGUUUUCGAAUGCGUCGUCCUUUGUAUUUGCGAAUUUUGAAUGCAAUCGAAGCACAGAAUCCAUAUUUUAUUCAAAAACAAGAUGCAGCUCGUGUACUUGGAUUAUCUGCCCUACAAAAAAUGACUUCAGCGAUGAGAAUAUUAUCAUACGGUGUUGCAGCAGAUGCAGUUGAUGAUUACAUACGUAUUGGGGAAAGCACUGUCAUUCAAAGUUUGCAACAAUUUUGUUACUCAGUCAUUGAAAUCUUUGGAGUAGAAUAUCUGAGAUCUCCGACACCAACUGACAUUGCUAGGUUACUUGCUAUUGGCGAGGUUCGGGGGUUUCCGGGUAUGUUGGGAAGUUUAGAUUGCAUGCAUUGGGAGUGGAAAAAUUGUCCAAAAGCAUGGCAAGGUCAAUACGUAGGCCAUCAAAAAAAGCCAACCAUCAUUCUUGAAGCAGUAGCUUCUUAUGACUUAUGGAUUUGGCAUGCAUUUUUUGGAAUGCCUAGGUCACACAAUGACUUGAAUGUAUUAGACCGGUCACCUUUGUUUUCUGAUCUUGCCCAAGGUAAGGCUCCCCCUGUCCACUACACUGUUAAUGGACAUACUUACGAUAUAGGUUAUUACCUUGCCGAUGGUAUAUACCCGCAAUGGGCAACACUGGUUCAAACAAUUUCUUCUCCCCAAGGAGCAAAGAGACAACAUUUUGCAAUGAUGCAAGAGUCUGCCAGGAAAGAUGUCGAGCGGGCAUUCGGAGUCCUCCAAUCUCGAUUCGCAAUUAUAGGUGGUGCUGUACGUUUUUGGGAUCCAAAAAUGCUUACCAACAUAAUGAAGACUUGCAUUAUAUUACACAAUAUGAUUGUUGAAGAUGAGAGGGAGGAGCACCUUGACUUUGAUUAUGAAAUGUCAUCUACCAACACACCAGUGCAACUUUCCUCUACUCCUACCAAUGACUUUGAAUCAUUUUUGUCUCGUCAUUUAAGUAUUAGGGAUAAAAAUGCAUAUCAUGCCCUCCAUUACGGUCCUCUGUCUACUGUAGCAAAGCACCACGUCGGCUGCUGCAAAGUCUACUCACUUUAUGCCUCAAAACCUAUUCGAAGCACAUAA